AUGUUGUACAAACUACCUAUAAAAAAAUGGAUAUGCAUUUCAUAUAAAAGUCAGUGGGAAUUUUUUUUUAAAAACACUCUCCAAAAACAACUACAAGAAAAUGAGCUACUAGUACCAGAUUUACUAUACUUAUAUUUGCUAGAAGAAUAUAAUAGAAAAGAAGCUAUUGAAGACAAACCACACCUUGAGCAUCCUCAUGAAGCAACUACUCUCCAAAACAUUGCCAAGAUCAAAAAUUUGAUAAUUGAGGACCCCUAUGCUACUACCAGAGAACUUGCUUGUCUCGUUAGUAUCUCCCAAACUAGAGUUACUAAUAUACUUACUAAGGAACUGGGCAUGAUUAAAAUAUGUAUAAAAUGGGUUCUGCAUGUCCUUACUAAUGAACAAAAAAAAAUGAAUCGAAGUUUCAAAGAAGCUGCUAAAAAAUUACAAAAAGGCUUUAAUAAUAUAAUAACUAGUGAUAAAACCUGA